GACAUGCUAGUGAGAGCAGGAAAUGUUUGAGAAAAAUUCGAAUAGAACUGUUGUCGUUUUGUCCAGUGUUCUGGUCUGGUUUCUCGCUACUUCUGAGGCGGGCCGCAGUGAAAUCCUACAGAGGCUAAAAGACAAAUCCUGGCCUUGGUUUGGUGACAGUUAUCAACGGGACUGUCCUGAUUCAACUCAAAAUCCCACUCGAUGUUUUAACAUCAGGCCACAAGCAGAGUCUGUGUUAGAACGAGCAGGACUACCCAGCAACAUCACCCUCACCACAGACCUGGACGUUGUGUUUUCUAGCCCCAAAGAAAAAGUGGACGUAUGUGGCAAAUCACAAGAGAUGGACGCUGUGAAAGCCUUCAGGCUAAAUGAGAAUGGUCAAGAAAUCAAAUCCCAUUUGGAGCUUGGAUCUCAAAUCUAUCGCCGACCACCAAGAGUAAAUUGGAGUCCAAAUUUUAAUAAAACCGACACAUUUACUCUAAUUAUUUACGACGUGGGUCUGCUUAAAGUUAGAGCAUUUUGGAGUUCAAUCAAGCAAAAAAAUGGAACUUUUCAAGGAGAGACCUCCGCUUUUUAUCAGCCCCCCGCCAACCCGUUACCAAUCGUCAACCCGAUAUUGAUUGUCCUAUUAAAAAAAGACAUCUAUGAUUAUUGGCACCAGUAUAGAAAAAGGCCGACAAAAGAAACAGCCAUUGCGGUCCGAGAGAAAAUGAUGACUAUGUUCGGAGACGGCGCAGACGUGGUAGGUCUCCAGGUGUUUUACACUGACGGAUCUUCUAUGUUUGAAAAGUAUAUGGCUUGUACCGAGGGGUACAUCUGUGACAAGACUUGUACACAGAAGUUUCGAGAAUAUGCUGACAACGAAAAGAUAAAAAAUCAAUUUGUUAAUCUUGACUUGAGUGGAAUUGACAUGUACGUAAAUAUGUAUUUCUACGCCUUCUUUGCUGGUGCUUUUGAAAUCGAUUGCUGCCAUGGUAUAAAUCGUAACUCGAGACCCGGGAGUCAUCGGGGAAUACCAGGCGAUGAUUUUAAAGUGGAUAGCUAUGAAAGAUUAUGUCAGUGGAAAUGUCAUGGCAACAGGGAGAUCGAGAUAUCAAGCACUGAGUUGAACAUUUACGGAGACAACAACCUCUACACAUUUUUCGGUGUAGUCACUAACAACAUGGGAGAUUAUCGUGUACAAACGAUUUAUAAGCUGCUCAACGUGAGACUUACUGACAUAGAUCCAAGAAUUGGGGGCAACGAUGAUUUUAUCUUGAUGGGUAACACCACGAAGCGGCUGUUUUUCUUGCUGUUCUCAUCGGUCGACCAGCAAAAUGGUGAACCUUCGUCUGACAGUCUAACGGGCAAGAUAAAGCUGCCCGAAGGUUUAACGUUACGGGGCAUAUCUUGGAUCGACUUUGACAACAAAUACAUCACACCAAUAAGUUCGUCUUGCGAUGACCCGAGCCUAAAAUGUCCCCCAAGUGAUCCGACCAUUUCAGAUGAUGAGAAUCGUGUGUACUACACUCUGACCUUUACCAACCAGCUGUUUGAGGAAGAAAUUGAUGAAAGGAAAUCCUCCCCGCCUACCCCGCCCUCUCCAUCUCCCACAGACAAGCCAAACAAUGCCGUCAAUGAUUUCAACCACCCAGGUGUUUUCAUGUUAGGUACAUUGUUCAUGGUGUGUUCACUUAUUUGACUUGGUACAUUGUUCAUGGUGUGUUCACUUAUUUGACUAGGUACAUUGUUCAUGAUGUGUUCACUUAUUUGACUUGGUACAUUGUUCAUGAUGUGUUCACUUUUUUGACGAAGGUAUAUUUAUGUCAAACGGACCGUUUUGUAAAUACGUGAACUUGUCCAAUUACACGUUAAAUUGUUCGAAUUAGGAUUAACUUUAUUUAGGUACCAUAAUUUAUAUAGUUAUAUGUCACAAGGCAGCCGAUGAACUUGUUCUGUCGACGCUUUCGUUAUAGAAUAUUUUUGCUAGCAGAAAGUAGUGGUCGAUUUAUGUGAGUUACUUUGAAUAGAAGUCCGGUUAUAACUGGUAUAUAAAAGGAAGAGGUCGGGUUGUAACAUGUAUAUAGAAGGGAGAUUAUAAGCAGACGAUUGAAAGUAAGGAUGAUGUUAUACCAUAAUGAAUUAUCAGGUUGUUAGAGGUGCAUUAAAAGGAGGGGUUGGGCUAGAAACUGAAAUUUUUUUCUAAAGGAUAAGAAAUUAUUUUCAUGGCGGACUAUGUAACAGGAUAAGGUAACGUAAGUCCACGCUCAUGAUCACGUUUGGGUGUUUAAGUUUUAGUUUACUUAGCUUGUUAUAAAUGUUGAGAUUUCUUUGAUCCAGAAUUACGUACUGAAUGAA